CCUAGAUGGAAUAAAGGCACGUGAACCCACGUUACACGCUCUCUUUACUGGACGAGCCCUCAGCAAGAGAGGCACAACUUGAAGUACCAUGCCCGUUGCCAGGAGUUGGGUUUGUCGCAAGACAUAUGUCACCCCCCGCCGCCCUUUUGAGAAAUCUCGACUUGACCAGGAGCUCAAGCUCAUCGGGGAGUAUGGCCUGAGAAACAAGAGAGAGGUCUGGCGUGUGAAGUUCACUCUGGCCAAAAUCCGCAAGGCUGCCAGAGAGCUGCUCACGUUGGAUGAGAAGGAUCCAAAACGUCUGUUUGAAGGCAAUGCUCUCCUGAGGCGUCUGGUGAGAAUUGGUGUACUGGAUGAGGGCAAGAUGAAGCUCGAUUACAUUCUUGGCCUGAAGGUUGAAGACUUCUUGGAGCGAAGGCUGCAGACCCAGGUCUUCAAGCUGGGCCUGGCCAAAAGCAUCCACCAUGCACGUGUGCUCAUCCGCCAGAGGCACAUCCGUGUCCGGAAGCAGGUGGUGAAUAUCCCAUCUUUCGUCGUCCGCCUGGACAGCCAGAAGCACAUCGACUUCUCUCUGCGUUCUCCAUACGGUGGUGGACGCCCUGGCCGUGUGAAGAGAAAGAAUGCCAAGAAAGGACAGGGUGGAGCUGGAGGUGGUGAUGAUGAGGAAGAGGAUUAAAUGAAUCUUCACAGGGUACCUGUGAAUAUCUGCGGUGCCCCAACAAUUUCAAUAAAGUUUAAAAACUAA